AUGGUGAAAUUUACUACAGCAAUUUUAUCAAAAUUUAAUCGAUUUAAACGCAUAAAACUAAAUGAUACAAGAGAGCUUUACUCAACACACGGUAGAAGAUCGAAGGUUUGUGGAGGUUUAACACAGUUUGGAUUUGGUGUUUCUUCGUUUGGUACACUAGUGCACAUUUCUGAUACAACAGCACCAAUUAGUUUGAAUGUUUUUACUUAUGAUGAAGACUCGUACACUGAAAAAAAUUAUACAAAUGUCGAACAUAUUCCCAUUGUAGCAUCACCAACUAUGACGUGGAUAGACGUCGAUGGUAUUCAUGACCAAGAGAUAAUAUCGCAAAUCGGUCAACGUUAUGAUAUUCAUUCAUUAGUUCAAUCAGAUAUAACAACGGCUGAUCAACGAACAAAAUUAGAUGUUUGUGAUGAUGCAUUAUUUCUUGUAUGCAGAUUGAUAUAUCAUGAUCUAUAUUGUACAGGAAAAACUAUCGUUCAACAAAUUAGUUUUUAUCUGAAAGAUGAUGUUCUUAUUACAUUUCAAGAGUCAUCAAAAGAUUUAUUUGAUCAAAUUAAAAAUCGUAUUCGACAGGGGAAAGGUCGUACAAGAAAAUGCAAAGUUGAUUAUCUGUUUUAUUCGCUCAUUGAUGUUAUUGUCGAUCAUUACAUGGAUGUACUCGAUGUAUUGGGCGUAAAAGUUGAAAAUAUUGAUGAUGAAUUAAUGAAAAAUCUUAGACGUGAUACAUUAGAAACUAUAUAUGAUAUGAAACGCGACAUGUUAUCAUUGCGUUCAGUUAUCUAUCCAUUAAAAGAAAUCAUUAUUAAAUUACAAAAAGAUGAAGAAACAGGAAUCAUGCAAGAAAGUACGAAUAUUUACUUGAAAGAUCUAUUUGAUCAUGUUGUACAAGUUAAUGACUCAAUUGAUACAUAUAGAGAAAUGCUAGCGUCCUACGUUGAUUUGUAUAUGAUGUUAAAUUCCAACGGGAUGAAUGAAAUCGUGAAAAUAUUAACAAUUAUAUCAACAAUUUUUAUUCCAUUAACAUUUAUUACCGGACUUUAUGGGAUGAAUUUUCAAAAUAUGCCUGAACUUCGAUAUAAAUAUGGUUAUUAUAUUGUGCUUUCUGUAAUGGCUGCAUUGGCUACUUUUAUGCUUUCAUGUUUUAAACGUAAAAAAUGGCUUUAA